CAGCUACCUCAAAGCCAUCCACCGCCCUCAUAUGACAGCCUACAUCCGUUCGGAGAUGGUGUAAACAGGAAAACGGAACUUUUUGUUUUUAUAUUAAUUCAUUUAUUUAUUUUUUGAAAGGUUUUUUUUAGAGAAAACUUGAUGAAGCUGUUAAUUUUCAUCGCAGUGUGGGUUUUACAGAUUGCAUCCUACACAUUUUCGGUCCAGGCCUGAUGCAGAGAAGUUCGGGGAUGGGAGGUUCUAAUAUCCUUGCUGCAGUUUCACCAAUGCAGAGAAUCAGAUGAAGCAAGAGGUGUCUUUUUAUUCUUCUUUAAGUUUCCCCGAAAUUGGGAUGGGGAAUCACAAGGUUGUGUAUUGGACACGGACAUGGCUUCUGACAUCACACUUGGAUGUGGGCGGGGUUGGAUGUGCAGCGAAUGCAGCGAGCCAUGCUUGCCUUCUUGAGCUCCUUUAUGAUUUUGCACUCUAUUUUUGGGGGCAUGCCCAAAUGGUCAAAAUACAAACUAAACAUUCAAAAUGCCAGACCUGGCAUUCAUCUAAACACAGCAUUUGUCUGUGUUCAAAUGCCUACUUCUGUCCCAGCUUAUUUUGCAGAGACAACUAUAAAGAAUUAAUUGAUUAAUUUCCAAAAAGAAUUGCAAACCAUAUCUCUGUAGACUACUUAUGACUAAUGGUUUUUGAGGCAUAAUAGAGAUAAUUACUUCAGCUUUUAAGAGGGACAAUAGAGAAAAUUCACCUUUUUAGUCAGGAUGGUAAUCAUGAUGUUUUUUUUUUUUUUUUUAAUUGUAGUUUAUUUUCUGUUACAUUUUUUGUUUGUUUGUUUUCUGACAUUUCUUGAUCUUAUUUCUCUUAUUUGAGUAAAUUCUCAUAAGCUGGCACAAGUUGAUUCAAUAUAUAUAUAUAUAUAGCUUUAUUGUCUACCCUAGAAUGAUAGAAAAUUGUCUUUGACAAAGGCUUACACAACAUACAUUUAAAAAUUAGAACUUUGCAGGGGAAAAAUGCAUGGUGCUUGUUGUAUAUGCUUUCUUAAGAGUUAUUUAUAGUGAACAUUUCAUUUCUUCUCCAGGUGCAGCAGAUGUUGUUGAAGACAGUGUUUUAGUGUCAGUGAUGGAGGGAGAUUCAGUCAGUCUUAACACUGAUGUUAAAACAAACCAGCAAGAAAAGAUUAAAUGGUUUUUUAAUGACAUUCGCAUAGCGCAAAUCAGUGACUAUCUCAGUAAGACCUGUACAGAUGUUCAGUGUAAUGAAGGUAAUGAGAGAUUCAGAGUCAGACUGAAGCUGGACAAUCAGACUGGAUCUCUGACUAUCAUGAACAUCAACACCACAGACUCUGGAGAUUAUAAAUUACAGAUAAUCAAAACCAGCAGCAUGAGCGAAAAUAUCUUUCGAGUCACUGUCCUGGAGACGGAUAAAAUGAAGACCAAAACAGCAAAGGAAGGAGAAUCCGUCACUUUAGAUCCUGGUGUAAUAAAAAACACAAAUUAUUUGAUGAAGUGGUAUUUUAACGAUACUCUCAUCGCUAGAGAUACCAGCCAGAUCUCUACAGAUGUUGAGUUUGAAGAUGCUGGCGGGAGAUUCAGAGACAGACUGAAGCUGGAUCAUCAGACUGGAUCUCUGACCAUCACCACAGACUCUGGACUUUAUCAUCUUGAGAUCAUCACUAACAGCACCAGCAUCCAUCGUCAGUAUAGCAUCCAAUUUAUCAACGAAAAGAGCCAUAGUGGGAGUGGCUCUAGUGGGAUUGAGUUUCUUGUUAUAGCAGGAGUAUGUGUUGGAGUUGAGCUGGUCGUUGCAGGUGUAACAGGAUAGUGGUGUAGAAAACUAGCCUCUUCAAAGGACGUCCUCUAUUCAUCUUAAAAUAUUCAAACACACUCAACUGAGACUGCCCUGCUCUCGGUUACUGAAGCCCUGCGACUGGCAAGAGCACCUUCAAAAUCCUCAGUACUCAUUUUGCUGGACCUGUCUGCUGCUUUUGACACUGUUAAUCACCAGAUU